AUGCCUCCCCCACCAACCAAACGCCGGAAGCGCGCCGCCGACUUGGACGAUGACGAUGCCGACUUUGAUAUCAACCACUCUCCUUCCCCACCGGUGAAACAAAAACCCAGACCCGCGACGCGAACGUCGGCUCGAAACACUCUCCAGAGUUUUUUGGUCUCGUCACCGGAGAACUCACCGCAAAAAUCACAAUCAAGAUUGGAUUUGGAGGAGUCGAUAAUCGAGGAAAGCCCGAGUCCGGUACGGAAGAGGAGUAGGAACUUUGGUGCUGCGGCUGCAGGAACCCAAUCGAAGAGCCCGAUCAAGACACGGGCUACUCGAGCGGCGGCUGGGAAGAGGGCGCUGGAGGAGGAGAAGGGGAAGUCGGGGGAUUUAAGGACGUUGUUUUCGAAACAGGCGCAACGGAACUCGACUGGGACGGGAAGUAACAAGGGUAAUGGGGUUACGACGAGCAAGACACAGGUAUUGGAGAUUGAGGAUAUCAUCAGUGACCCUAUUGAUGACGAUGAUAUGCCGCUGGGGAGGAGGAGUGCCAGCGCGACGGUAACUACACAGCCUGGGAAGAGCAUCAUUGGGUUGAGGGCUCAGAAACGGAAAGAAAACGAUGGGAGUGGGAUUGGGGUUGGAGCAUCGCAACUGCCGCUAUCGCAGCAUUCUAACGGGAGUCUGAGCGCGGGAGGGGCGAGGUUCUUGAACAGGAGUAGGGGUGGGACUGUUAUGUCUGCGAGUCAAACUCUUAGCCAGACGCAACAUGCGGAAAAGCCGAGCAUAGUAGACGACGAUCCGCGGCCAUGGUCGGAGAAGUAUGGACCGGUUAACCUGGAGGAAUUGGCGGUUCAUAAGAAGAAGGUGGCGGAUGUGAGAAGGUGGUUGGAGGAUGUGUAUGGUGGGAGGUUAAGACAACGGUUGUUGAUUUUGAAGGGAGCGGCAGGGACAGGGAAGACGACAACGCUACGACUGCUCGCCAAGGAUCUGAAAUGCGAGGUUCUGGAGUGGAGGAACCCAAACAAUUCAUUCGGGGCUGUGGGGCAGGCUUACCAGAGCGCAGCAUCGCAAUUCGAAGAAUUCCUCGGUCGGGGUGGGAAAUUUGGGCAGUUAGACUUCGAAGACGAAGAGCAGGAGCCAGAGAUGGCGCCUCCGCAUUUGCCGGCACAGAAUGGGUCAGACAAGAAGCUGAUCUUGAUUGAAGAAUUUCCCAACACCUUUAUGCGGUCAUCUGCAGGGUUGGUCUCUUUUCGAAAUGCGAUAAUACAGUACUUGGCAGCGAAUAUGCCGGCCAUGGUGGGAUGGGGCGGGGCUUCUUCUUCGGGGCCCAUCACGCCUAUUGUCAUGGUUAUUUCGGAAACACUACUCACUACUGCGUCUGCUUCAGCAGAUAGCUUUACGGCACAUCGAUUACUAGGACCCGAGGUUCUUCGACACCCUGGGACGGCAAUCGUUGAGUUCAACCCUGUUGCACCAACACUCCUGGCGAAAGCCUUGGAGGUGAUAGUGCAAAAAGAGGCACGCAAAUCGGGAAGACGACGGACACCCGGACCGCUUGUGCUGCAGCGACUGGGCGAAAUUGGUGAUAUCCGCAGUGCUGUGUCCUCCUUGGAGUUUCUCUGCGUCAAAGGCGACGAUGAUACCGAUUGGGGUUCUCAAGUCGCCUUGGCCAAGACGAAGAAAUCGAAAAGCGUGCCCACUUUGACCAAGGGUGAGAAGGAUAGCUUAGAGCUCGUUUCGCAGCGAGAGGCGACGCUCGGGAUAUUCCAUGCCGUGGGCAAAGUGGUGUACAACAAGAGAGGUGGUAAGCUGACAGGCGAACCAGCAUCGGCAGCAGAAACGCUGCCUAGCCAUAUGGCGCGGUUUGCGAAGCCUAACCCAUCGCUUGUUUCGGUUGAUACGCUGAUGGAUGAGACUGGAACUGAUACCCAUACGUUCAUCUCAGCAUUACACGAGAACUACCCCUUGUCGUGUGAGCAAACUUCGCCUCAGGAUGAGAACUCAUCGCUGGAUUACAUUAACGGCUGCCUUGAUUACCUUUCUGAAGCUGACCUCCUGUGCCCAUCCUGGGAUAUCUUCUUUGGAGGCAAAGGCUAUGGAGGUGGGUAUGCAGGGAAGGAUUCAAGCAGCCAUGUUUUAAGGCAGGAUGAGAUGGCCUUUCAGGUUGCUGUCCGAGGACUGCUCUUUUCGCUGCCAUCGCCCGUGAAACGGCAAAGCCACCCUACGCAAGGGGGUAGCCGUGGCAACGAUGCUUACAAGAUGUUUUAUCCUACGUAUCUGAAACUGUGGCGGACGAAGGAGGAACUGGAGGGUCUGACGGACCUGAUGGCUACCAAGAUGCUUAAAGGGGAAUAUGGUGGGCCUGGUCACCACUCAUCAGCACCACAAGGGGGCGGUUCCCAUGGUGCGUCUGCCCUUCGGAAAGCAGUGCCAUUCGGGACCACCAGUAGCCAGUUCGCCCCGUCUGCUCGUCACAACCAGCAACAGCCAAAAGCAGAACCACCUUCUCAUACACCUCUACUAUCACUUGGCAAUGCCGCUCGUCAAGAGCUUCUGCUCGAGCGCCUACCAUACAUGGCGCACAUCGCCCGCCGCAACCGAUCGGCGUUCUGCACCUCACAAGCUAAAGAGCUGGAAAAGAUCGUUUUCUUCAGGGGCAUUGGUCGAGCGGGUGCGGACGAGGAAGAUGGGGCGGACUCGGCAGACGAGGACAGCGGAGAUGCGAAAGAGGCAGCAACCUCUUGGGCUACGGAUAAACCGACCGAGGAGAUGACUCCACGGAAGAAGAGGAGGAUGGGACUGGGUGCGAUUCUUCAUCCGACGCAAAAGGCGGGGGAUGGAGAAGAGGAGAUGCAGGGGUUGCCGAUGGAGAGUUUGGUGAUUAGUGAUGAUGAUAUUGAGGAUGAUUAG